CUCUGAAUCCCGACUAUUGACUUCGGCGAGAACCACAUCCACCUCUACCACUCAUUCUCGAUACGGACAACAAUGUCGCCAAACUCGAAGCCGGAAAGCCCUGCGCAGGCAUCCAGAAAGCGACCCCUUACACGUUCCAUGUCAGAAGAGGAUAAUGCGGAGAAUAAGCAAAACGAAAUGACGAAGGCAUACGAGAACGUGGAGGAGGUCGCAAAGUCCGGUUACCUGUCCAAGAGCGGCAAAGGAAAUCCAAAGUACAACCGCUAUCGGUUCCGUCCAAAUGGGGAUGUCCUCUCCUACUACCAGGAUCCCAAGGAUCACUACUUUCCCGCGGGAUGCGCUUCUCUCGACAUCCAUCUCUACAAGCAGCAGGAGAAGCGGAUCGAAAAGGCCGGACCGAUUCGUCGAUGCUUCAUGGCCUUGUUCAACACCAGCUAUAUCGGCAUCAACGCUGACAACCUAAGGCCGGUGCGGACAAGAGGGCAAGAAGCGCACAGAGCAACACACUUCAAGAAGGCGCUCAUCACAGCGCACGACGCGGGUCAACCUCGGCCGGGCGACGGCAAGCCGCUACACUUCCGUCCAACUUUCGACCACCGCCCGAGAGCUCGCUAUCUUUACUUCCUCUACGUCUCAGCCAUUUUGAAAAAAAAAGCCUGGGAUCACAGAAAUAGGAGGAAGCCCGAGGAAGUCCUGAAGGACUAA